UGCGGCAACAUGGGCGUGUUUGACCGCGGAGUUCAGAUGCUGCUGACCACGGUGGGGGCCUUCGCCGCCUUCAGCCUCAUGACCAUCGCCGUGGGGACGGACUACUGGCUGUACUCGCGCGGGGUCUGCAAGAUCAAGAGCACCAACGAGAACGAGACCAGCAAGAAGAACGAGGAGGUGAUGACACACUCUGGCCUGUGGAGGACCUGCUGCCUGGAAGGUUCCUUUAAAGGCAUGUGUAAGCAGAUAGAUCACUUCCCAGAAGAUGCUGACUACGAGGCGGACGCUGCCGAGUACUUCCUACGCGCGGUGCGAGCUUCCAGUAUCUUCCCCAUCCUGAGUGUGAUCCUGCUCUUCAUGGGAGGGCUGUGCAUCGCUGCCAGCGAGUUCUACAGGUCCCGCCACAACAUCAUCCUGAGCGCCGGCAUCCUCUUCGUCUCUGCAGGUUUGAGUAAUAUCAUCGGGAUCAUCGUGUACAUAUCAGCCAACGCCGGGGACCCGUCCAAGAGCGACUCCAAGAAGAACAGCUACUCCUACGGCUGGUCCUUCUACUUCGGGGCGCUCUCCUUCAUCAUGGCCGAGAUGGUGGGCGUGCUGGCAGUGCACAUGUUCAUCGAUCGCCACCGGGAGCUGCGCGUGGGGGCGCGGGCGGCUGACUACCUCCAGGGUGCAGCCAUCACACGCAUCCCCAGCUACCGCUACCGCUACCGUCGACGCUCGCGCUCCUCGUCCCGGUCCACGGACCCCUCGCACUCCCGCGAGGCCUCGCCGGUGGGCCUCAAAGCCUUCGGAGCGCUGCCCUCCACCGAGCUGUCCAUGUACACGCUGCCCAAGGGUCAGACGGGCACCCCGACGGCCACCUAUAACUCCACAGAGAGGGACCACAACUUCCUUCAGGUCCACAACUGCAUCCAGAAGGACCUCAAAGACUCUGGUGGCCACGGCAACGCGGCUAACCGGCGCACCACGCCCGUAUGA